AUGGCCCCCGUAAUUGCCUCCACUGGCUCGGCCUCGAAGGAGUUCAAGAAAGAGUCAACCGUCGCAAGGUUGACGGGAGCAGGAUGCGCCGGUAUCGCCGAGUUGGCCGUCUUCCACCCUGUUGACACCAUCGCGAAAAGAUUGAUGAGCAACCACGGCAAGAUCGCGUCCAGCGUACAGCUCAACACCGUCAUCUUCAAGGACAAGGCAGGCGCCGCGCUUUCCGCCCGGUUUUUCUCCCUGUUCCCCGGUCUUGGAUAUGCGGCCGUCUACAAGGUGCUCCAAAGAGUGUACAAGUAUGGUGGUCAGCCUUUCGUGAGGGAUUACCUGGCGAAGAACCACGGCGACAAGUUCGACAACGCCUUCGGUAAGGGUACCGGCAAGGCCAUCAUGCAUGCCACUGCUGGCAGUUUGAUCGGUAUUGGCGAGAUCUGCAUUCUUCCGCUCGACGUCCUCAAGAUUAAGCGCCAGACGAACCCCGAGGCUUUCAGGGGACGUGGUCUCUUCCGCAUCAUCAAGGAUGAAGGUUUCGGUCUUUACAGAGGUUGGGGCUGGACUGCGGCUCGCAAUGCGCCCGGCUCGUUUGCGCUUUUCGGCGGAUCUGCCUUUGCCAAGGAGUACAUCUACAAGCUCCAGGACUAUAACAAAGCUACCUGGGGACAGAACUUCGUCGCCUCGAUCGCUGGUGCUAGCGCAUCUCUCGUCGUCUCGGCACCUCUCGACGUGAUCAAGACCCGCAUCCAGAACCGCAACUUCGAGAACCCGGAGAGCGGCUUCCGCAUUGUCUCGAACAUGAUGAAGAACGAGGGAUUCACCAGCUUCUUCAAGGGCCUGACGCCCAAGCUGCUGAUGACCGGACCGAAGCUCGUCUUCUCGUUCUGGCUGGCGCAGACGUUGAUCCCUGUGUUCGACAAACUCAUGUGA